AUGAAGGCGCAUAUGGUGACUCAUCCAGAGUUCUCACAGAGCUUCUGGGCCAGUACGUCGCUACUUAUGAAGCGACAAUUGACCAUCACGAAGCGAGAAACCACUGCUCUAAUCGGUCGAUUGAUCAUGAACACUACCAUCGCGUUAUUGUGCUCAAGUGUGUACUAUCAAUUCGACUUGACAGACUUUCAAGUGGCCAUGGGAAUCCUCUUCGAGUCGAUACUGAACUUGUCUAUUGGCCAGGCUGCCCAGAUCCCGACGGUCAUGGCUGCACGAGAGGUUUUCUACAAGCAGCGAGGCGCCAAUUUCUUCCGCACUGCGUCGUAUGUGCUGUCGAAUUUUGUCAACCAGGCUCCGCCGAUCAUCCUGGAAUCCGUUAUUUUCGGGACUAUUAUCUACUGGAUGUGUGGCUUUGUGAGCAGUUUCUGGGGUUUCUUCAUCUUCCUGGUGAUUUUGUGCCUCACAAACCUCGCACUGGCAGCGUUUUUCUUCUUUUUGGCAUCUGCGUCGCCGAAUUUGAACGUGGCCAACCCGAUCUCGAGUGUUGCGGUGCUUUACGUUUGUGUCUUUGCGGGAUACACAAUCACAAAAGACCAAAUUCCGGACUAUUUGAUCUGGUUGUACUGGGGAAAUCCUAUCUCGUGGGGCAUUCGAGCAUUGGCAGUGAGUCAGUACACUCACUCUCGUUUUGAUACGUGUGUGUACAAUGGGUUUGACUACUGUGCUCAGUAUGGGAUGACGAUGGGAGAGUACUCACUCAGUACGUAUGAGGUGCCGUCGGACAAAUUCUGGCUUUGGUACGGGAUGGUCUUCAUGGCUGCAACGUACGUGUUCUUCUUGUUCUUGUCGUGUAUCGCUCUGGAGUACCAUCGCUUCGAGCGUCCAGAAAAUGUUGUACUUACAAAUGAGACCAAACCAGACGCCGCAGAAGGCUACAUCAUUGCUAAAACACCGCGACAGUCACAGAAACAGCGUGAAUCAGUGAUCUCGGUCGAUCACGCAAGAGAAAAAUACUUUGUACCGGUCACGGUGGCGUUCAAGGACUUGUGGUACACUGUUCCCGACCCGACCAACCCGAAGCAAACCAUCGACUUGCUCAAGGGCAUCUCCGGAUACGCUUUACCAGGCACGAUUACAGCUCUCAUGGGGUCGUCUGGAGCAGGCAAGACGACGUUGAUGGACGUGAUUGCAGGACGAAAGACUGGCGGGCAGAUUCGGGGGCAGAUCCUGCUGAACGGCCAUCCUGCCACAGAUCUGGCUAUUCGACGCUCCACGGGCUACUGCGAGCAGAUGGACAUCCACUCGGAGUCUUCUACUAUCCGUGAAGCCUUGACAUUCAGUGCUUUCUUGCGUCAAGGAGCGGAUGUUCCGGACAGUCACAAGUACGAUUCGGUGAACGAGUGUUUGGAUCUUCUAGAUCUAAAUCUGAUCGCUGACCAGAUCAUCCGUGGCAGCUCCGUGGAGCAGAUGAAGAGACUGACGAUCGGUGUGGAACUCGCUGCGCAGCCAAGUGUCUUGUUCUUGGACGAACCGACGAGUGGGUUGGAUGCUCGAUCGGCCAAGUUGAUCAUGGACGGUGUACGUAAAGUGGCGAAUACUGGACGCACCAUCGUGUGUACGAUUCACCAGCCAUCUUCCGAGGUUUUCAGCGUCUUCGACAGUCUGUUGCUGUUGAAGCGUGGUGGAGAGACGGUCUUUGCUGGUGAAUUAGGCGACAACGCACGUGAAAUGAUCGAGUACUUUGAGUCGAUUGAUGGCGUGGCAAAGCUCGAGACCGACUACAACCCAGCCACGUGGAUGUUGGAAGUGAUCGGUGCUGGCGUAGGUAACAGCAACGGAGACAAGACGGACUUCGUGGAGAUCUUCAAAGCCAGCGCCCACUUCGAGCGUCUCCAGUCGAGUCUAGACCAAGAAGGUGUGACUCGACCGUCACCGUCUUUGCCUGCACUGGAGUUCAGCGACAAACGCGCAGCAUCGGAGCUCACCCAAGCGAAGUUCCUGUUGAAACGCUUCUGUGGUCUCUACUGGCGAACGGCUUCGUUCAACUUGACACGGUUCGCUAUCUCGCUUGGAAUGGGUAUAGCGUAUGGGAUCACGUACGUUCGUACCGAGUAUGAGACGUAUUCCGGAGUGAAUUCCGGUUUGGGAAUGAUCUACAUGAUCACGAGUUUCAUCGGUCUCAUCGCAUUCAACGGAUUGAUCCCGAUAGCUUACGAAGAACGCGCUGUAUUUUACCGCGAACGGGCAGCUCAAACCUACAAUGCCUUUUGGUAUUUUUUCGGACUCGGAGUCAUGGAGAUCCCGUACGCUGCCGCCUCAGUACUGUUGUUCCUGAUCCCGUUCUUCCCAACAGUGGGGUUUUCAGGUAUCGGAGCUUUUCUUACUUCGUGGUUGGUGUUGGUGCUUCAAGUGCUGCAUCAAGCGUUUAUGGCUGAACUUCUCGUCUUUCUGUUGCCGAACUUGGAAGUGGCGGAGAUCGUCGGUGUGCUGCUAAAUCUUCUCGGAUACCUGUUCUCAGGUUUCAGUCCACCAGCUUCUGCACUGCCAUCGGCGACUGUGUGGUUGUAUGAUAUCACCCCGAUGAAGUACAGCACCGCAGCGUUCUCAGCUGUCGUGUUUGGAGACUGCAGCAGUGACGGAGAUCUGGGAUGCACACGGAUGACAAAUGUGCCACCAUCACUUCCCGAGAACCUCACUGUGAAGGAGUACUUGGAGACGAAUUUCCUGAUGAAACACAGCGAGAUUUGGAGAAACUGCGGCUUCUUACUGCUCUUUGUCGUCAUCUUCGGCAUAUUCACACUACUCGCGAUGCGCUUCCUGAACUAUCAGAAAAAGUAGGAAUUUGAGCUAACUUAGAUUCAUAGAUAGCAAAAUAAACAAACUCUCAUUCUACACAUUAUCAGAGUUUUAACAUGAAUUGCUUUUGUCCG